CGUAAGGUUUGACCGAUCAAAAAGUAAAAUGUAUCAUCUGCGUAAAUUGUGCGUCAUCAUGGCGAUUUUAUUGACUAUGUCAAUAGAUUUAACGAAACCGUUUUUUAUUUUUGAAGGAAGCUCUUGUCGUUUGCAUACAGGUGACUAUGGUAUCUGUAAGAAUGCACUAAAAUGUAAAUGGGCGAUAACGAAUCUGAGAACGAAUCAAAUGAAUUUGAGCGAUAUACGAAUUUGUUUAUUUUCGGGACAUGAUGACAUCAUUUGUUGUGGAGAUGAAAGUUUAAUUACACGCAUCGAUGAAAAAUUCACACAUUGCCAAUUGGAAUUUUUAUUUGAUUAUAAAUGCACCGAUCGAAUCCCAGAGCGUACGACUGAAGUGAACAUUGAUAACAAGAAACCCAUUCGCGGUGCAAAAAUUCGUGAUGCAUGCACAAAAUAUUCCGCUUUUGCGAAGCCUUUCAUUCCAGUGCACAGUAUAAUAAGAGGUAAAACGGCCGCGUCAACUGAAUUUCCGCAUAUGACAGCGCUCGGAUAUCGUAAUCGUGAAAAUACUGAUUAUACUUUUGAUUGUGGCGCCAGUUUGAUUACAGAUCAAUGGGUCGUUACCGCUGCCCAUUGUAUUGGUCGUAAAAAGCCGGUUAUCAUUCGGUUUGGAAAGAUUUUCCUACAUUCUGAACACGACGAAGGGAUCGAAGAAGGAGCCGAUAGAAAUAUAUCGAGAAUCGUUCGAAAUGAAUACUCGAUAAUUACAAAGAAAAAUGACAUAGCAUUAAUUCAGUUCAUUGGCAGUAUAGCAUUUAAUGAUAUCAUUCGUCCGGCUUGUAUACGAACUGAUUUGAACGAUAUUUCUGAUUCAGAAAGCUUAAUCAUUGCGGGUUGGGGGACAAUCGAACCAGAAAGAACUAAUCGAUCCGAAGCGCUUCUGAAAGCAACCGUAAACACAGUCCCGUUGGAAAAAUGUAAUGAAACUUUGGUGCGAUCGAAUUUGGGAAAUUUGUCGAGUUUGCGUGGACUGAGUUCAUCGCAAAUGUGUGCAUCGAAUAUAGUUGAAGGAAGCGACGCUUGUCAGGGCGACAGUGGUGGACCUCUAUUCAUUCACAAUCAGCAAACUGGUGUAUCACAUAUCGUUGGAAUUAUUUCAUUCGGCAUAUCAUGCGGCACGGAAUUACCGGGCGUCUACACUCGUAUUGCUUCGUUUAGUGAUUGGAUUGAGAACAUUAUAUUUUCAUAAAUUAAAUAUUAAUUUAGAAAAAGAUC